GGUAAAUGUGCUCUGCUUUAGUCAGAUUUGUGUUGCACUGCACAGUAGCAUUGAUCAAAUUUGUUUUGCGACCAGCAAAUUGCGAGACCUUAUCUUGAAUUUCAUAUAAAUUUUUAUCGGGUAUCUGCAGUGCUGCAGUAUGUCAGCAGGAUCUGGAUUUGAUUUGAAGAUCCGAGAUGGCAAUAAUGAGAAGAAUACAACACUACCAACUGCUCCACAAAAUUUUGUGACGCCAGGAACAAUUAUCACAAGAGAGCCUGGAUUCAUGAGGGGACAUGGAACAUACGUAUUUAAAGAUGGAAGUCUGGUAGCUUCCGUUUGUGGAACGGUAGAACGUGUCAAUAAACUUGUGACAGUAAAAGGUGUUGGCGGUGUUUAUAAUGGAGAGGUUGGCGACGUAGUUGUUGGAAGAAUUGUUAAAGUAAUGCAGAAGAGGUGGAAAGUUGACAUCAAUGCUCCUCUCGAAGGCGUUUUACUUUUAUCCAGCAUUAACUUGCCAUCAGGGGAACUUAGACGUCGUUCGGCGGAGGAUGAGCUUGCAAUGAGAGAAAUUUUAAAGGAAGGUGACAUGAUAAGUGCUGAAAUUCAAAGCGUUUACAACGAUGGAACUCUUGCUCUUCAUACUAGAAGUGUCAAAUAUGGAAAGUUAGGACCAGGCACACUAAUCAAAGUUCCUGCGUCACUCAUAAAGCGAAGAAAGGCUCAUAUUCAUAAUUUGCCAAUCGGAAUAAGCGUCAUCCUUGGAAAUAAUGGAUAUAUCUGGAUAUCUCCAUUGGCGAAUGGAAGGAUGCCUGGAACAAACAUGGAACAAGAUGAGACAGAUGGUCAGAAACCUGUUUUAGAAGAGGAACGGAUAGAUUUGCAGUGGCUCGAAUUAAGAAUUGUGUUGCUGCCCUUUCCAAGGCAUGGCUGCCAAUUUAUGAUACCAGUUUAAUGUAUUCAUACGAUUGCAGUAUGAAGUAUGAGUGUAAGGAGUUGCUGAAACCAGAAGCUUUGAAGGAAAUUGGAGAAUUAGUUCGAGAGCAAAUGUCUACUGAAGGAUACAUGGCUUGAUUUUUUAACAGAUUGAUGUCUCUGUGUACAUUUUCUUUAUUAAUAAAUUUUGUUACCUUAUCUGUAUCUACUACAAUUGUGUAGCAGCCAUACACUAAUGUAAUUUAAGAAAGCACUGAGAUUUCUAUAAGGAG